CUGAGUCAAAAUUGGUCGUUUUUGCGGCAUUUAAAAGCACAGCUGUAAUUCCACACUUCCAUGGCCGUGAACUUUUUCCGGUUGAACUGAGGCGAAAAAUUAUAAAUUGAAAGGCAAGCUCAUCGAAUUCAUGGAUUCCAAGGAAAUUCCCCAGUUCGAUCACACACCUUAUUACUGCGAGGAGAACGUAUACAGGCUUUGCAAGAAAUUAUGUUCUUCUGGGAUGGCAGACACGGAGGGUUCUGAUCUUUUUGUUGUUUUUAUUUCUAAUGAUAAGAAACAGAUUCCACUUUGGCAUCAGAAGGCCAGCCAUAGGGCUGAUGGGGUUAUUUUGUGGGACUACCAUGUAAUCUGCGUACAGAGAAAAGAAGAUGAGAAGUCUGCACAAGUUUGGGAUCUGGAUUCCACUCUUCCAUUUCCUUCUCCUCUAGCAUCUUAUGUUUCAGAAACUUUUCGUCCAUCAUUUCCCCUCUUUUCUGAGUAUCGAAGGUUUUACCGAAUUAUACAUGCUCCCAUGUUUCUCCGCUGUUUUGCUUCUGAUAGAAGGCACAUGAAGGAUUCUGAUGGGAAUUGGAAUGCUCAACCGCCUCCUUAUGAUCCCAUAGUUACUGAAGAUGGAGCAGUACAUAACCUAAAUGAGUACAUGGAAAUUCACAGUACUGGUGCUGUGCCUAGUAUAGAAGCUGAUUUGGUAAAUGCUGUAAGAAAUGAACGGUUAGGCGUGGUGGUUAGUGAAAGCCAGCUUGAAGAGUUUUUCUCUCUUCCAACAUAAGUGACUAAGUUUUACGCCCAUUUCUCCUGGAGUUUAUAUUGAUGUAUGUCUCUGUCGUAAUAAACUUCUAAUUAUUUAUUAGGGAGCUGCUAUCUUUUUCUGCUGGGAGUUCGAGUUGUUGAAAUGUUGUGUUGCGUAUCACUUGAUCAAAUAUGUUCAAGGCGAAGGACAAUUAAUGUGAAGAACUGGCUGGCUUUGGCUCUUCCUGGAUUUGUAACAGCACUCCCCCAUGCUAGAAGAGCACUGAAAGUGUGAUCUUGCGUAGGGAAGUGUAGUUAGAAAUCCUUCUGAAUUUGGAUGUUAAAUUCAACUCUUUGUUUUACUUCAUAUUUCUGGUGUUGGGUGCUAACUUUAUUGAAUAUGAUUGUGAUUGAUACCGAGAACUUUCACAUGGAAUUGAAUAUCUAGACAUGUUACAUGUGCCCUGUCAAA